CAUCACUGGGAUUGGUGUCCUCCAUGGCACAGAAAUGUCUAAAACAGCCAAAUUUCAAGGAGUCUGCUGCUGCUGCCGCCUGCCUGCUGGUGAAAUCAACAUGGCUUUCACAAAGCAAGGAGACAAAGUUUGGCUCUGAGGGCAACACAGGCAACAAUAUUUCCACUCAUGUCAUGUGUGCAGUGGCUCUCAUUAUAACAUGUAAUACAACUCAUCCUCUUAGUUUCCCACUUUAGUUAGCUUUACACAUAAUUUAGACUUAAUUAAUUUAAGCUAAUCUUUUUUGUGGGUAGCUUUCACUAGCCAUGAUUAUAGCCCCCAAAAGCACUGCAACCCUUCAGGAAUCCUGCAAUUUCUCUAAGCCAAAGCCAUGUAAAAGGAGGUCACUCCCCCUACCUUUCACCGAAAAGUCUUGACUUUUGAUUAAGCACAUUAUAAACACUCAUUAAGGUGUGUUUUAAAGUCAUCACCACCCCCUCAGUCCAGCAUGGCUUCUUGUGACUUUCAUCUCAGUACUGCAGCUUUCUUUCCACACAGAGAAGGUGGGAGGGGUGUCCUUAUGAAAUAACUGAAAUGAGAGAGGUUGUUAAGACAGUUAUUUUCUUCAAAGAGUGACGACAUUUUUGUUAGUGGGGUUGCAGUUGCAGAGCUCUUAGUAGGAAUUUUAGGGAAGAAACUGCCAGGUUUUUGAAGAGAUGGGUGUUGUUACUGUUGGUGAUUUGAAGCCAAGCAUAUCAGGGAAGAGGUCGUUUCGUCCAAGUUCCAGCAUAAGGCAUGCCACCGAAUGGCCAAUCUCUGAUGUUUCUAGUGAUCUUACUGUCGAAGUUGGAGCCUCAAGCCUCGCCCUUCACAAGUUCCCUCUAGUUUCUAGGAGUGGAAGAAUUCGGAAACUGUUGUUGGAAGCAAAAGAUUCAAAAGUCUCACGCAUAAAUCUCCCCGCUGUUCCCGGUGGACCAGAGGCAUUUGAACUAGCUGCAAAGUUCUGUUAUGGAGUAAAUGUUGAGAUUACACUCUCAAAUGUAGCUAUGCUACGAUGCAUAGCUCAUUUUCUGGAAAUGACAGAGGAGUUUGCAGAGAAAAAUCUGGAAAGUAGAACUGAAACAUAUCUAAAGGAGAUGGUGCUCCCCAAUAUAUCCACCUCAAUAUCUGUUCUUCACCGUUGUGAAAGCCUAUUGCCCAUAUCAGAGGAGAUCAACCUGGUUAGCAGGCUUAUCAAUGCAGUUGCAAGUAAUGCAUGCAAAGAGCAGCUCACCUCAGGCUUAUUAAAACUUGACCAUAACUUCCCUACAAAAUCUCUCCCAAACAUGGAGCCUGAAACACCAGCAGAUUGGUGGGGAAAAUCACUCACAGUGCUUAAUCUUGAUUUCUUCCAACGGGUUCUGUCCGCAGUAAAAUCCAAGGGUCUAAAACAGGAUUUGAUAAGCAAAAUUUUGGUAAACUAUGCUCAUAAUUCUCUUCAAGGACUUGUUGCCAAGGACCCCCACCUGGUGAAAGGAAAUCUCUUGGAUUUGGAAUUGCAGAAGAAGCAAAGAGUCAUUGUUGAAGCAAUGGUUAGCUUACUACCAACACAAUCAAGGAAGAGUCCUGUUCCAAUGGCAUUUCUUUCGAGUUUGUUGAAAACAGCAAUAGCUGCAUCAGCAUCUACUUCUUGCAGAUCGGAUUUGGAGAGGCGAAUCGGUCUGCAACUGGACCAGGCAAUUCUUGAAGACAUCCUAAUUCCCACAAAUUCACAUGGAAACAAUCACAGCACACUUUAUGAUACAGAUUCAAUCCUGAGGAUAUUCUCCAUUUUUCUGAACCUGGAUGAGGAUGAUGAUGAUGAUAGUCACUUGAGAGAUGAAAGUGACAUGGCAUACGACUUUGACAGCCCUGGAUCUCCUAAACAAAGUUCAAUUCUCAAGGUAUCAAAGUUACUGGACAAUUAUCUUGCAGAAGUUGCACUAGACUCAAACUUGCUGCCAUCAAAGUUCAUAGCACUAGCAGAACUGCUUCCAGACCAUGCUCGUAUAGUAAGUGAUGGAUUGUACAGAGCUGUGGAUAUCUUCCUCAAAUUCUUAUUACAGGUUCAUCCAAAUAUUAAGGACUCUGAACGCUACCGGCUAUGUAAAACAAUUGACUGUCAGAAACUAUCCCAAGAAGCCUGCAGCCAUGCAGCACAAAAUGAGAGGUUACCUGUUCAGAUGGCUGUCCAAGUCUUAUACUUCGAGCAAAUCAGGCUUCGGAAUGCCAUGAAUGGGAAUCACAAUCAGUUCUUCUUCGGCGCAAUCAACGGUCAGUUCCCUCAACGUUCAGGCAGUGGUGCUGGAAGUGGAGCAAUCUCACCAAGAGAUAACUAUGCAUCAGUGAGAAGAGAGAACAGAGAACUGAAGCUUGAGGUUGCAAGAAUGAGAAUGAGGCUAACAGACUUAGAGAAGGACCAUGUUUCUAUGAAACAGGAGCUUGUAAAGACACACCCUGCCAAUAGGCUAUUUAAAUCAUUCACCAAAAAAUUAAGCAAGCUGAAUUCCCUGUUUCGGAUUAAUGGCAUUAAGCCUAUAGGAGUGAGAUCAAUUCCUUGACUUCUCUCCAUGGACUCUGAAGGCAGGAACUCAAUCAAAAUUUGUAUGCAAGAGGUAUGUCCAGAGGUGUGAGGAUUUUUAGAAUAUUGAAAUAGAAUUCAAAAAAAAUCUUUUGUAAUAUGAAAAUUUUCAUGGUUUUAGUUUCAUUAUAGGAACUCUUGACGUCAUAUAUGCUUAUCGAAAAUGUUGAGCUUUUGUUAUGGAGUGUUGACAUCAUAUUUGAAAAUAUAUGCACAAUAUUCAGCUAGAUGGAUGAAAGUUUCCUAAUGUUCAA